AUGUCGUGCCAAGACGAUAUCACGGCAGUGGACCUCUCCUCGGGCGUGGCGGUCGACGUGCUCGAACGAGUCUCGGCUGGAUCAGGGAGGGACGAGAACCUAUGGUCGUUUAUCGACAUCAACAAUAUCACUGGCACUAACCUGGAAGACCCGGAAAAGGCUCAGAAGAUCGUCAAGACCUGGGAUGAGAGGCACAAUAUGGAGAUCUUUUGCGAUAGUGGCGUCGAUGAUCAGAUGAUCAUUCAUAUCCCAUUCAUACAUUCACUUCGCUUAAGAUCGCUCCUUCUCCUCCCGCCACCGGUGACCAACUCGUACCGCCCGACCCGGAUACGCCUGUAUACCAACCUCGCCCAACCCCCUUCCUUUAGCGAUAUCGAGGACGGCUUGACCCCGAUACAAGAUUUGAACCUGUCACAGAGUCCUAGUCUGUGGCAAGCUGGAGUAGACAGCGAAGGCAGGGCCGAAGGAGGAAGGAGGGAGGUAGAGGAAUGGCCGUUGAAGGUACAGAAGAUGGCUAGUGUCUGGAGUGUGACCUUGAUGAUCUCCGACUCGGAAGGUGGCGACAAGUCACGCCUGUUCUACAUCGGUUUCAAGGGUGAAUCCCGAAACCCUCGAGCGGCCGAGACCAACACGCCCGCAGUACCCGCUGCUCAAGGUGCAGACGCUCCGGUCGAACAGCUGGCAGAGAAGAAGGGAGCGGGUCACAGUGCUGUGCGAUGA